UUUUUUUUUUCUUCUUCUUCUUUCGUUCUUUUCCACAAAAUCUCAGAUUCGAUGGCGUACCAGUACUCGAGUGCCAAGCAGGGCCUUACUCAAUCUGCAGACGCUUCAGCUGCCUUCCACCCCGAGGGUCUCUCGGGCGUCAAGGCGACCCAAUCGCGCUUCACGGCCGGCGUCUCGGCCGCUGCCGGUCACAACGUCGGACCUGCAGGCGCCUCGCACAGCGCACCGUCGUCUGGAUCGAUUGUCGACAACUGGGUCCGCAAGCCAAACCAAGUGCACUCCAAGCAAGCACACUUUCAGAUUCCCAACGGCCUGCCCGUCUUCCUGCGUGGCAAGAACGACCUGAUGAUCUACCGCGGCCUCAUGGGUGCAUCCGCCCUCGGCAUCUGCGUUGUUCUCGUUGGUCUUGGCUCGAUGGCCCUGAACGUUGGCAAGAAGAACAAGUAAAACUAGCUCUGUUUGAAAUCUGAAACAUUUUUGAG